CUGCAGGUGGAGCGGCGGCGCGGCGCCGGCGACGCCUUUGGCCAGGGCGAUGCCAGCAAGGUGGCGCUGACGCUGGCUGCUGCCCUGGCCCGCAUGGCGGCGGGCGACACGAGCCUCUACAUCACCACCCAGCCCGUGCCCAGCGCGCCCGACGGCCACCCCGAGCUGUACGCCAGCCUCGUGGAGCAGCUGGCUGCCGACGUACCGCUGGUGCCGCAGCUCAUGGGCCGCCUGGUACCGCAGUCGAUCAACCUCUGGCUGGGCACCGCCCCCCACGGCUCCAGCAGCGGCCUGCACUGCGACUAUCAUGACAACCUGUACGUGCUGCUGCGGGGGCGCAAGCGCUUCCGUCUCUACCCGCCCAGCCUGGCACGCCGCAUGUACACCGUGGGGCGGGUGGCCCGGGUGCACGCCAACGGACGCAUCGUGUUC